UUAGUCUCUGCAGAGAAGAAAAAAGGAAAAGGUACCAUGACCACCCUGGUACAUUCCCAGCUGGAGGCAGCUGACCAACUUGCAAAGCCACCUCACACAGUCAAAUCAAACAGCCAAAAAUUUGCUUUGACUCAUCAAUACUGAACAGGGUGGAUUUCGUCUGGCAAUGGGCAGUAACAUGAAGCUGACCCUGAUUUCAGAGUGGGUGAGGAAAGUACACGUCCAGGUCACGGCCUCUGUGGAUUGCAGGUGGAAAGCCUGAUACGUGGUCUGCCAGUGUGUUGCAAAGGGCCUUGUCUGGAGAAAUGCCAAGCAGGCAGUGAAAUAGAAAGAAAACAUCUGGUUUCUUGGAGUCCUACAGACAGUUCAUGUGCAAAACAGGCUUAGUCCUGUGAUGCAUGUAGCUGUGGACAGUGAAAUCAACCCCUAUGCUCAGUGAAAGCACUGAAAGGAAUUUGGGCCACACAGAAAAAAUUCAAGUAUGAUGAAGAACGAAGAAACGGAUUUUAAUGUGGACAAUACCCAAGCUUCUCCCUUCUCCCGCUGCCUGCAGCCACUCAGCCCUGUUACAAAGCCACACAGAACAACUCCAUUUGAUGAAGAAUUCAGAACACAUCUUUCGCAUUUCCGCUAUGGUCCUCCUCCUCUUGAAAACAUGGAAUCUUUCCAGGGGUCCUUGGAAGGAGGGUCUCGGAAACGCAAGAGCAUGCCAACAAAAAUGCCACCUUCCAUCACCCUUGAGGAUUCCUCAUCACCACCAGACAGACCUGACGAUCACAAUGACAUAGGCUCUUCCAGUCUCCCCUUGGUGUUCCAACAGCCAGCACAGCCCAAGUACAGCUCCCAGAUGAUUGACCUCUGCAACUUUGGUUUUCAAUUCUACAGAACUCUGGAGCAUUUUGGAGCCAAGCCCAUUAAGCAAGAACCAGUGAAGCCCAACAUGGCAUGGCCCAGUAGCCCAACAUUCAUGCAGGCUCCUUACCCUUAUUAUCCUAAAGUCCACCCUGGUUUAAUGUUUCCUUUCAUUGUACCACCAAACUUUCAUUUCAGGAACCCCUUUCAAAUGAAAAGACCUCCAGAACCACCCUUCAGGAGGGCUGAAGUAAGAGAAAGUGGUGAAAACAAACAGAAAGUUGAAAGAGUAGAUGUCAACCUUCAGAUAGAUGACAGUUACUAUGUUGAUGUGGGGGGUGAACAGAAACGCUGGCAAUGUCCCAUGUGUGAGAAGUCCUAUACAUCCAAAUACAAUCUGGUCACCCACAUCUUGGGGCACAGUGGCAUUAAGCCACAUGCUUGCACCCGAUGUGGCAAGCUUUUCAAGCAGCUGAGCCACUUGCACACGCAUAUGUUGACACACCAGGGCACUCGGCCACAUAAGUGCCAGGUGUGCCACAAGGCUUUCACUCAAACCAGUCACCUUAAGAGACACAUGAUGCAACACAGUGACAUCAAGCCUUACAACUGCAGGAUCUGUGGCAGAGGUUUUGCCUACCCUAGUGAGCUGAAAGCACAUGAGUCUAAGCAUGAGAGUGGCCGAGAGAACAUUUGUGUGGAGUGUGGUCUGGACUUUCCAACUCUGGCCCAGCUGAAGAGACACCUGACCACCCAUCGUGGUCCUAUACAGUACAAUUGCACUGAAUGUGAUAAGACCUUCCAGUACCCAAGUCAGCUGCAAAACCACAUGAUGAAGCACAAAGACAUCCGCCCAUACAUCUGCACUGAAUGUGGCAUGGAGUUUGUGCAGCCCCACCACCUGAAACAACACUCCCUCACUCACAAGGGUGUAAAAGAGCACAAAUGUGGAAUUUGUGGCCGGGAAUUUACUCUGCUGGCCAACAUGAAGCGACAUGUACUGAUCCACACCAAUAUCAGAGCCUACCAAUGUCAUUUGUGCUUCAAGAGCUUUGUGCAAAAGCAGACUCUCAAGGCCCACAUGAUUGUUCACUCUGAUGUCAAACCCUUUAAAUGCAAGCUGUGUGGAAAGGAAUUUAACAGAAUGCACAAUUUAAUGGGACACAUGCACUUGCAUUCCGAUAGUAAGCCUUUCAAGUGCCUCUACUGUCCCAGCAAAUUCACCUUGAAGGGGAACCUAACCAGACACAUGAAAGUCAAACACGGGGUCAUGGAAAGAGGAUUUCAUUCGCAAGGUUUUGGAAGAGGAAGAAUUGCUCUGUCGCAGACAAAAGUCUUGAAAAGUUUGGAACAGGAAGAGCCCUUUGAUCUUUCCCAGAAAAGCCAAGGGAAGGGAAUCUCAUUUCAUUCUGAUGGCGAGAGUGCCAAGGGAAGCUCAUGCCAGGAAGAAGAGGAAGACAACUGCUACGAGGCAGAGCGGUACAGCCCUGUCAUGUAUCAUCAUGAUAACAACAAGCUAUGUGUGGCUCAAGAUCUCUCUGGCAAACCCGAGUCCAUGAUGAAGGACUUCAGAGAGUCCUCCUGCAAUGAGAAGGAAGAAGUGCUAAGUGAGGGAGGACUGAGGAAGAGAAUAGGAAAUUCGGACAAAGAGGAGAGCCAAAGAGAGGGAGAGCUUGCAAACAACAAAGAACGUCUCAGCUUUAGAUCCUUUGAAAAGGCCAGAAUUGGCCACUCUUUCUCUGAUUACUUGUAUUUCAAGCACAGGAACAAGAGUUUGAAAGAAUUGCUGGAAAGAAAAAUGGAAAAACAAACAAUGCUGAUAGGCAUGUAAAAUGGACACUUUGAAACAGCUGGAAAAUGGGAACCAGAGAGUUUUUAACAUGAACUGUAGUUUACCAAGACCUGAAGUCUGUAGUAUUCUUUAGAAAUAAACAAGCCAAAUAGAUAAAAAUAAUUUAGUGUAAAACACAUACAUUAAAAGCCACUGAGAAAUGCAAUAGAUAUUGAACAAUAACACUUUUAUAUUUAUCCAUUUGAUGUAAAAGCAAACAAUGGGUUAGGUACAGAAGUUUAUUUUCUAUUAUAUGGGGAUAGAUACUUACAUGCAAUUUUCUAGUUAGCAGAAAGCAACAUACUUUAGCAUCUGAUUUAUUGUCUGACUAGAUAUAUAUGAACACUUCUAGCCACAUGUCUCAGAAACAUUUGAAAAUACUAAAUAUUUCACAUUAUAAGCCAGAGUACUAUUAAAUGUGACACGCAUGAAAAUGCUGUCAACAUUCAGAACUAACACAGUCCAAAUACUUUGAUUUACUGAAGUGACUCUUAAUUCAAUCAGUUAUAGUGAGAACUGGGAAAGAAAUUAAGAAGAAAUACUAAUGUCUUGGGAGGCAGCGAAGGGCAACUCUGUAAGGCUUUGAAAGGACUGGAAUUUAUUACAAAAGCUCUUCCUCUAGCACAAGGAAUGUUCCUGUUUUGUUUCAGUCAGAAUGAGAGUAUUCAGUAAUUCUUCAAAUGAAAUAGCAUAGACUGUGUUGACAUUUCAUUCUACUGCCUGCUCAGACCAAUACAUCUAAUGGGCAGCAGCAGCAUGCAACAUUCACAAUCUUGCUAUAAUUACACAUAAAGAAAUAUGAGUAAUUGCACUGAAAAAAAUAUGCAGUUUUACCAUUUAUCUCUUCAUUUUUUCAUGACUAGGAAGGAUAACUUUGAAAUACACAGGUCUGAUCAAUUUUUAUUUUAGAAGGUAAAAAUAACCCCUAUAGGACAAGCAGUACCUCACAGAGUAAAACUGAUUUUCGAUUUCCUCUUAUUGGAGGCAGAAAUUUUCCCUUAUCAAUGCGUCUUGAGGAGGGUCCAGGCCUUUCAGAAGAAUUCACUUACACUGUUUUUACCGUCACACCCAGCUUUGCAUCCUCUGAUUCCCAUACAAUUACACGUUCAUAACAAAGAUGCUUAAAGCAUAUUCCGUUCAACUUUUCAUUAUUUGCAUGAAUAGUUCGGCCAGCAUACUAAUUUCUGCAUCUUCAAGAUAGAAAACAAACAGCCUUGCAUCAUGCUAUUCCUUAUAAAGAAAUAAAAAUUUAAGAAGUCAUAAAAUUUGUCUUAUGUCCCUCCCACAUCCCAGCUUAAAAGGUUAAAAUUCUCUUCCAAAUACUACUGCCUUCUUCACUUACCUGCCAAGUUCUUGAUUUGAAAUACAUUGCUAUUGUGUUCAACAUAUAGCAAGUUAUAAUUAAUAUAGUCAUAUACUUAUGUUUUGCUAAGACUAUAGUCAAGUAGCUGCAGCUCUCUGCCACUGUAAGAAAACACAUACCUUUCAAACUAAUGAUUCUCAUACCCACCAGUUAAUCAGCAUUCACAGCGCAGAAGUCUUUAUUCCUCGAAUAAAACUGGAUUUGUGUAGUCCAAGGUUGGAGAAGGUGGUUUCACUUUCCAAGGCUCAAACAUGGCAUAAUAAAUAUUCUGAAUGAAGAGCAGAAAAAGCUGUUGAUAAAAGAAACUGUAACAUACAGGUGAUUCUUCUAAAUGUCAUUAACUUACAUAAUUAAAACUGAUGUGCAUACUUUUUAAAAUAUAAAGGGUAUGCCAAAUUGAUGUGGAAUGUAGGUCAGUUUAAACCUAGAAUUAAAGAAGACUUUGAAAACUGAGUGUAUUUCAGUUAUAAAUACCCAUGAUUUUCAGGAAUGAACUGUUUUACCGUAUACACUCUUCCUUGCCGCAACUGUGAGAUGACACCUCUUGAAAAAGGAGCCAUCCUUCUUUCAAGGAAGACAUUGUGGUCACGCAGAAGAAACUGAAAAAAAUUUUUUCAUUAUUCUGAAAAAAAUUCAGAAUAAUGAGUAUAACUGCAUUCUUUCUUAGACUGUGGGGAAAUGAUCCAGCAAAAAUUCAACGCAGUCUAGGAAAUGGUCCCUUAGAAAUGGGAACAACUCCUUUGGUUACCUUCUUGUCACUAUCUUGUCUCUGUCAGACAAAAGCUCCCAUUUGAGAAUGUAUGCAGCCAAAAGCUGGGAGUCACUGAGUCUUAGAAUUGUCUCUGUCUCAGUGGUGUAGUUUCCAGCUAUGCAUGAUUCCAGAUCAGUCCACUCCACUUUUGCAGCCAUAUUAGCUCUCAUGAUGGGAAGAACAAGCAAGAAAUCAGAAAUCUCUUUGCAAUUUCUAGAAUGGUAAUCGUGCAGAUGGGUUGAACUUAACAAGUCCUUCACUUCUGUGGUGGGUAAAGCAGGAAAGCACUCAGUCCUUCCAUUGCAAAGCCUUGUUGUCUAUUCAUUGGAGCGUGCUAUGGGACAGCUAACCAAUCCUUACCAAGAAAGAAAGAAACAAACGAUUUCGUAUCAACAGCAGUCCAGGCAAAUGGAACAAAGGAGAAACUUUCAGCAGAGUUCAGCUCACAGAAACUAAUAUCAUAGGAUGUUAUCUACCUGGACUUUAGCAAAGUCUUUGAUACUGACUCCCAUGGCACUCUCCUGGAGAAGCUGGCAGCCCACAGCUUGGAUAGGUGCACUCUUUGCUAGGUUAAAAACUGGCGGGAUGGCUGAGCCCCGAGAGUGGUGGUGAAUGGAGUUACAUCCAGCUGGCAGCUGGUCACCAGUGGAACACAGUACUCCCCAGAGUACUGGGGGGCAGCCCUGUUUAAUAUCUUAUUGAUGAUCUGGAUGUGUUUAAUAUCUUAUUGAUGAUCUGGAUGAGGGGUUCGUGUGCACCCUCAGUACAUUUGUACGUGACACUAAGCUGUGUAGGAGUGUUGGUCUGCUGGAUAGUAGGGUGGGGACAGAAUGACUGGAAAGCUGCCCAGCAGAAAAGGACCUGGGGGUGCUCAUUGACAGAGGUUGAACACUAUCCAGCAGUGUGUCCAGGUGGCCGAGAAGGCCAGUGGCAUCUUGGCCUGUAUCAGCAACAGUGUGGCCAGCAGAACCAGGGCAGUGAUCGUUCCUCUGUCCUCAACAUUGGUGAGGCCCUACUUCAAAUCCUGUGUUCAGUUUUGGGCCCCUCACUCAAAGAAAGACAUUGAGGUGCUGGAGCAAGUCCAGAGAAGGGCAAUGAGCCAGGCACCAUCCCUGGAAAUGUUUGAGAAAUGUUCAAGAAAUGACUGUGUGGCACUUAGUGUUACAGUCUAGUUGACCUGCUGGUUGGACUCAAUAAUCUGAGGUAUUUUCCAACAUAAAUGCUUCUGUGAUGCUGUGAUUCUAUAACCACAAGAAUUAUGUCUACUGAAAGCACGCAGUCCAGAGUUCCCUUACACAUGUUGUAAGAGAAUGUGCCAGUUGUGUCCUUGGGAAAGGAAAUCACUGCAAACCACUCUGGUUUUCUAAAUGGUUAACUUGAAUUCUUUCAACCACACUGUCACUGCAGUCAAUUUACCCUCUUCUACAAAUGCACUUCUCACUGGAGCAGAAGCAUCUGACAACCACAUACUAUUUGCAAAUAAUUUGUAAUGGGAGUCCCUUUUUUUGCAUUUUUCCUAGAAAGCAGAGAGUAUUCCAUUACAAUGAGAUACUGAGAUUCUGCCCAGUCACAAAGUCACACUAAGCUAAUUCACAAACACCCAAGUGUAAUUCAUGCUAGAAUAGUAAAGAAUUAAUCUAAAACCAUAAGUUACCAUAAGAGGAGUUGCAAACAAAGCUAUUACUGAAAUAAGGAGACAGCGCCAAGUGACCCAAGCAAAGCGAUUAGAUGACAGUCAUCUCUCUGUGGAACAUAAUGCAAAUGGGUCUAAGACACUUGUUACAAAGAGGUCCCAAGGGACAAAUUAAAAGUGAAAUAACAGCCUUCAUUGUGAAGCACCUUGCUUUUCAAACAUGAGUUAUUUUCAUGCUAUUUACAUUGGCAUCGCUUUAGGAACAGACAGUAACAGCCUUUGCUUUAUAAUAGCUUUGAAAAUGCUUUAGAGAAAUUUGCUCUCAUAAUGAAGCUAUUUCCCAUUUCUAUUUUUCAAGGGAUUAGCUUCCUUAUUUUGCCUUGUAUAGAGGCUCAGAAGUCCAGUAGAGACAUUACCUGUGUCCUGGACCUUGGGGGAUAUAUUUUCUUCUUUUUCUGAUUUCUGAGUUCAUCUACCUUCUUCUUGCUAUGUUGUGGGAAAAAAAAAAUAUUUAUCUUACUGUUCUCUGCAUUUGGGUCUUCAGUGUGUGGUAACACGUGAAACUAAAGCCCAGCCUCUAACAUCUCUAUGUAAAAUUACAUACAUACCAUUUCCCUGCAUUGUUAGAUGAAGUCUAGCUUCAUCCUCUUGGAGAGCAUAACAGCAAAUAAGAGUGGCCACAAACUCAUGCAGCUGAGAUGCUUCAAGAAGUCACACUGAGGAAAAGUAAAUUGGCCCUAUCAUAAUGAGUCUGGGCAAGUGAAGGCAGGUGGUUCGUUAAAUUAGAGGCUUUUCUGAUGUUAAGGGCAGCAAGGAGAAUUCUGCAAGACACUUUAGAGUACAGAGUAGGUGGAGGAAAAGCUAAAAGCUGAGUUACUAAAAAUUAAGGAUGAAGAUAGACAACGUAUUUAUGUGGAAAGAGAAGUUAUAGGUGACCCUGGAACAAGAUGCUUUGAUUCUAGCCACUAGGACUCAGUCAUCUCCUUGUGAAUCAGAGUUUUCCUGGCUGCCAGACAGGUGCUCUGUGUUCAGAGGCUCAAAGCAUAAAACACUUCAUGAUAGUAUUAUAAUUGAUGUUUAUCCUGUGCCGUUUCUUCUAAAACAAGUUACCAGAAAGACCAGGUAAUGCUAUUGCACCCACCCUUUUACAACUCUGUGUUUCUCUACUACCUAUUCUUUGAUAUCUCUCUUUAUAUGGUGCUGCUGGACUCUGCUGUUUUGAGUGUACAGUUAAGAAGUAAUAUAAGUACUGUAUUUAUUAUUCCAAGAAGUUUUUAAUAAUUAUUAACAGUUUUGAAAAUAAGUCAUGUCUGCUUAGCUGAACAAGAUGUAACAGAGCUAACAUUUUGUACUCCUAACAGAUUUUGCAAAUAAUGUGUUGCAUAUUUAUUUCACAUAGAACAUUGAGUUCCUAUUUAAAGCCACAACUCAAAAAGUGAACCAACUAUAUGUGAAUAUUUAGGUUCUGGCUUUCUAUCUCAACAGUAAAAGCAUGUAUGAUGUAUUGUAUUAAUUUAAGCUAAUAAAUACAUACUGAAAAAACUGCUGUACUUGGUAUUGAAAUGCAUCUGGGGUUCUUGGCAUUCUAGGCAUUUUAUAUAAUAAAUGCAUGGGGCUGGUCUGACGAGGUCAUGCUUCACUCAGCCCCACUGAAGAG